CAGAGACCUUUGUCUGAGGUUUAAACCUAAAAUAAUAGUAUGGAAGGGCUAAACGGAACUUAAGUUCUUUUGCCAAAAAAAAUGGUUUACAAGAUCUUGAACAUGUACUAUCUGUGCUGAUGGGACAGGAUCCAAUAUGAAUAUAAAUGAUGGAGGAAGACGACGCUUUGAGGAUAAUGAGCAUACAUUGCGUAUAUAUCCUGGGACAAUUUCAGAAGGAACGAUCUACUGUCCAAUUCCUGCCAGGAAAAAUUCCACAGCUGCUGAGGUGAUUGACUCUCUUAUAAACAAACUUCAUCUUGACAAAACAAAAUGUUACGUUCUAGCAGAGGUAAAGGAAUUCGGUGGAGAAGAAUGGAUACUCAAUCCAACGGACUGUCCAGUUCAGCGAAUGAUGUUGUGGCCCCGAAUGGCUCUGGAAAAUCGCUUGAGUGGAGAGGACUAUCGCUUUCUUCUGAGAGAAAAAAACCUUGAUGGCUCCAUCCACUAUGGUAGUCUUCAGUCAUGGCUACGGGUAACGGAAGAACGUCGCAGAAUGAUGGAACGGGGUUUUCUUCCACAGCCCCAACAGAAAGACUUUGAUGAUUUAUGUAGCUUACCUGAUUUGAAUGAGAAAACUCUCUUAGAAAACCUACGGAAUCGCUUUAAGCAUGAAAAAAUUUAUACCUAUGUUGGCAGUAUUCUAAUAGUUAUUAACCCAUUCAAGUUUCUUCCUAUUUAUAACCCCAAAUAUGUCAAAAUGUAUGAUAAUCACCAAUUGGGAAAACUUGAGCCCCACAUUUAUGCUGUGGCUGAUGUAGCUUAUCAUGCCAUGCUUCAGCGUAAAAAGAAUCAGUGCAUUGUGAUUUCAGGAGAGAGUGGUUCAGGGAAGACUCAAAGCACAAACUUUCUUAUUCACCACCUUACUGCUCUCAGUCAGAAAGGAUUUGCCAGUGGAGUAGAACAGAUUAUUCUUGGAGCUGGACCAGUACUUGAGGCCUUUGGAAAUGCAAAGACAGCUCAUAAUAAUAAUUCAAGUCGUUUUGGCAAGUUUAUUCAAGUAAAUUACCAGGAAACAGGCACUGUACUUGGUGCCUAUGUUGAAAAAUAUCUACUGGAGAAGUCCAGACUCGUUUAUCAAGAGCAUAAUGAACGGAACUAUCAUGUAUUCUAUUACUUGCUGGCUGGAGCAAGUGAAGAAGAAAGAUCAGCAUUCCACCUUAAGCAACCAGAGGAAUAUCAUUAUCUCAAUCAGAUAACAAAGAAACCCCUCAGACAGAGCUGGGAUGAUUAUUACUAUGACUCUGAGCCGGAUUGCUUCACAGUGGAGGGAGAGGAUUUGAGGCAUGACUUUGAACGCUUGCAAUUGGCCAUGGAAAUGGUGGGAUUUCUUCCCAAGACACGAAGACAGAUUUUCUCUCUUCUCUCAGCAAUACUACAUUUGGGUAAUAUUUGUUAUAAAAAGAAGACAUACCGGGAUGACUCUAUUGAUAUCUGCAAUCCUGAAGUUUUGCCUAUUGUCUCAGAAUUAUUAGAAGUUAAAGAAGAGAUGCUAUUUGAAGCAUUGGUUACGAGAAAGACAGUGACAGUGGGAGAAAAGCUUAUUUUACCAUACAAGCUUGCCGAGGCUGUGACAGUGAGAAACUCCAUGGCUAAAUCUCUGUAUAGUGCCCUAUUUGACUGGAUAGUUUUUCGCAUUAAUCAUGCACUUUUGAAUAGUAAAGAUUUGGAGCAUGAAACCAAGACUUUGUCCAUUGGUGUUCUGGAUAUUUUUGGGUUUGAAGAUUAUGAAAAUAACAGCUUUGAACAGUUUUGUAUUAAUUUUGCUAAUGAACGUUUACAGCACUACUUUAACCAGCAUAUCUUUAAAUUGGAGCAAGAGGAAUAUAGAACUGAAGGUAUCAGCUGGCACAACAUAGAUUAUAUUGAUAAUACCUGUUGCAUAAAUCUUAUUAGCAAAAAACCAACAGGUCUGCUCCAUCUUUUGGAUGAAGAAAGCAACUUUCCACAGGCUACAAAUCAAACAUUGCUAGACAAAUUUAAGCAUCAACAUGAAGAGAAUUCUUACAUCGAAUUUCCAGCUGUUAUGGAGCCUGCUUUCAUUAUAAAACAUUAUGCUGGAAAAGUAAAAUAUGGGGUAAAGGAUUUCCGGGAAAAAAAUACAGAUCAUAUGCGCCCAGAUAUUGUAGCUCUUCUAAGAAGUAGCAAGAAUGCUUUUAUCUCUGGGAUGAUUGGAAUUGAUCCUGUAGCUGUUUUCCGGUGGGCAAUUCUCCGAGCUUUUUUCAGAGCUAUGGUUGCUUUCAGGGAAGCUGGAAAAAGACACAUUCACAGAAAAACUGGUCAUGAUGACACAGCACCAUGUGCAAUUUUGAGAAAUAUGGAUAGUUUUAGCUUUCUCCAACACCCAGUCCACCAGAGGAGCUUAGAGAUUCUGCAGAGAUGCAAGGAAGAGAAGUACAGUAUAACUCGGAAAAAUCCUAGAACACCUCUUUCUGAUCUCCAGGGCAUGAAUACUCUAAAUGAAAAAAACCAACAUGAUACAUUUGAUAUUGCCUGGAAUGGCAGAACUGGGAUUCGCCAAAGCAGACUAUCAAGUACCACCUCCUUGCUUGAUAAAGAUGGGAUAUUUGCGAAUUCAGCUAGUAGCAAACUCCUGGAGAGAGCUCAUGGAAUUCUCACGAGAAACAAGAACUUCAAAUCUAAGCCUGCCCUUCCAAAGCACUUGCUAGAAGUAAAUUCUUUAAAACAUCUGACAAGAUUGACCAUACAGGACCGGAUUACCAAGUCUCUUCUUCAUUUGCACAAGAAGAAGAAACCUCCCAGCAUCAGUGCCCAGUUUCAGGCAUCAUUAAACAAGCUGAUGGAGACACUUGACCAAGCAGAACCAUAUUUUGUAAAAUGCAUUCGUUCUAAUGCUGAAAAGCUUCCCUUACGAUUCAGUGAUGCCUUGGUACUUAGACAGCUUCGAUACACUGGGAUGCUGGAAACUGUUCGAAUUCGCCAAUCAGGAUACAGCUCCAAAUAUUCCUUCCAGGAUUUUGUGAGCCACUUCCAUGUACUUCUUCCUCAAAAUAUUAUUCCAUCCAAACUUAACAUUCAAGAUUUCUUCAGGAAAAUAAAUCUUAAUCCAGAUAAUUAUCAAGUUGGAAAAACCACGGUCUUCCUAAAGGAGCAAGAACGACAGCACUUACAAGAUCUGCUUCACCAAGAGGUGCUCCGCAGAAUCAUAUUGCUGCAACGAUGGUUCCGGGUCUUGCUGUGUCGGCAGCAUUUCCUCCAUAUGAGACAGGCAUCUGUUAUCAUCCAGCGAUUCUGGAGAAAUUACCUAAGUCAGAAGCAAAUGAGAGAUGCAGUUGUGCAGAAGGAUGCUUUUGCUAUGGGUCAUGCAGCCGUUCUUCUCCAGGCUUCUUGGCGUGCUCACUUGGAGAGGCAUCGUUACUUGGAGCUGCGGGCUGCAGCCAUCAUCAUCCAGCAGAGAUGGAGAGAGCACUGUAGACGCAGGCACAUGGCUGCGGUGUGCAUACAGGCAAGAUGGAAAGCCUACAGGGAAAGUAAGAGGUACCAGGAACAAAGAGACAAAAUUAUCCUUUUGCAGUCAACGUGUAGGGGAUUUAGAGCAAGACAAAGAUUUAAAGCUUUAAAAGAACAGAGGCUAAAAGAAACAAAGCUAGAACUUGGAUUGGCUAAUAUCAAGGGAUACAGAUCUCUGGAAAUUCAGGGUUCAGACCCUUCAGAAUGGGAGGAUCGUUCCUUUGACAACAGAGUGAAAGCCAUAGAGGAAUGUAAAUCUGUGAUAGAGAGUAAUCGAAUUAGCCGUGAAAAUUCAGUGGACUGCUCAAGAGAGUCCCCAACCAAGCAGCAGGAGAGAGCCAGAAGCCACAGUGGUGUGGACUUGCAGGAAGGUGUGAUUGUAAGAGAGCGACCCAAGUCCUUGGAGGAUCUUCAUCAGAAAAAAGUAGGCCGGGCUAAAAGAGAAAGUCGGAGAAUGAGAGAACUAGAGCAAGCUAUAUUUAGCCUAGAAUUACUAAAAGUCCGUUCUCUUGGUGGUGUAUCCCCUUCAGAGGAACGCAGAUGGUCUACAGAAUUGAUGCCAGAAAGCCUUCAGUCUCCACAGGGCACACCUGAUAGUGAAAGCUCUCAAGGAAGUUUGGAACUUCUGAGCUAUGAGGAAAGCCAAAAGAACAAACUAGAAUCUAUCAUUUUAGAUGAAGGAGACUUGCAGUUUCCAUCACCCAAGGUAUCUAGGAGUCCGAAAUUUGAAUCACAGGACAAAACCCUCAGUGCUUCAAGGGAGACUAGUUAUGCAGAGCAUUUGAAGAAUGGAAAUGUAAAGGGAAAGUUGGUCUGUAGUUCUGAGCCUAUUACCUGUAAACCACAGCCAAGAGACGUGUUCAUUUCAAAUAGUCUGCCAACAUUUUUUUAUAUUCCCCAGCAAGACCCACAAAAAACAAGUUCCCAACUAGACACAGGUAUCCAAAGAAACAAACUGUUGGAAAAUGAAAACAUCCCUGGGACAGCUCUUACUUUGGAUAUCAACAGGGAAACUAGAAAAUACUCUUUCUCAGGAGAAGACCUAGUUCCUUCUUUGAAUACAGAUUCUUCUAACGCUGUGCUUAGGAAGUUAGAAAAGCUAAACACCGAAAAGGAAGAAAGGCAAAAGCAGUUGCAGCAACAGAAUGAAAAAGAGAUGAUGGAACAGAUUCGUCAGCAAACAGAUAUCUUAGAGAAGGAGCGUAAAGCCUUCAAGACAUUUGAUAAGCCAAGAAUCGGAGAGUCUUUCCCGGCAUCAUCUUUCUAUCAGUCAAAGCAAAGAGUAGAGAGGCCAUCCUCUCUCCUCAGCCUAAAUACUCCAAAUAAGGGAGAACAUAGUUUUCUGGGGUCCCCAUCAGUAACUACAAAAGAUGCAGCUCUUCCCCCAAAAGACAGUUCCUCUGCUCACUUGCUCCCAAAGGACCGACCUGUCACUUUGUUCUUUGAAAGUAAAGGAAGUCCAUGCCAAUCUAGUACUGUAAGGGAGUUGUCCAAGACAGACAGAACAGGCACUAAGCUGAAUGUAGCCUGUAAACUCUCUAAUAAUCGCAUUUCAAAAAGAGAAUCCCAUAGGCCAACUCAGUCUUAUAGCCACAAAACUGAUGACCUUUCCAGAGAGGGAAAUACUAGGACCAUUUUCUUCACGCCAAGGGACAAUAUGAGUAUUCCCCUUGUCAACAAGGAAGCCUUAAACAGUGGAAAUCCUCAGGUCCAUAAACAAGAUGAACCAGCCCGGAAACCUGUGAAAUUAGCUGGGCCUGGCCAAGGAGAGGUUGCCAGACCAGCCCAUAAAAAGAAAGCUCGAAUGGCGCGGACGCGCUCCGAUUUCUUGACUAGAGGUACUUUUGCCGAUGGGGAGGGGGAUACAGAGGAAGAUGAUUACGAUGACCUUAUUGAGCCCCUUCUCUCCCUUGACCAAGCUUCUCACUCUGAGCGAGGGCCUGUACCCAGCCUGGGUCAGGCCUCUCACAGUGACUCCGAAAUGACUUCACAGCGAUUUUCUUCAGUUGAUCAACAAGCAAAGCUUCAUAAAACUAUGUCUCAAGGAGAGAUUACAAAGUUGGCAGUGAGACAGAAGGCUUCAGAUUUGAACAUAAGGCCUCAGAGAGCUAAGAUGAGAUUCUGGGCCAAAGGGAAACAAGGGGAGAAGAAGAUGACUAGAGUGAAACAUGCCACCCAGCCAGAGGGUUCAGCACUCUUUGCAGCCUCAGAAGUAAUUCCAGCUGAUCAGUUUCCAGAUGAGUUAGCUCAGUAUCAUCCAACACCUCCUUUGAGCCCAGAACUGCCUGGGAGUUGCCGGAAGGAGUUCAAAGAGAACAAACAGCCUUCUCCAAAGGCUAAGCGCAAGCGAAGUGUGAAGAUCAGCAAUGUGGCUUUGGAUUCUGUGCAUUGGCAAAAUGACUCUGUCCAAAUCAUAGCAAGUACCAGUGACUUAAAAAGCAUGGAUGAAUUUCUUCUGAAAAAGAUGAACGACCUUGAUAAUGAAGACAGUAAGAAAGAUACCCUAGUGGAUGUUGUAUUUAAAAAAGCCUUGAAAGAAUUUCGGCAGAAUAUCUUCAGCUUUUAUUCAUCUGCACUGGCGAUGGAUGAUGGGAAAAGCAUACGGUAUAAAGACCUCUAUGCGCUCUUUGAACAAAUUCUGGAAAAGACCAUGAGGCUUGAACAGCGUAAUUGGAGAGAAUCUCCAGUGAGGGUUUGGGUCAACACUUUUAAAGUCUUUUUAGAUGAAUAUAUGAAUGAAUUCAAGACUUCAGAUUGCACAGUCACUAAGGUGCCAAAAACUGAAAGAAAGAAAAGAAGGAAAAAAGAAACUGAUUUGGUGGAAGAACACAAUGGUCACAUCUUUAAGGCCACCCAGUAUAGUAUCCCUACAUACUGUGAAUACUGCUCUUCUUUGAUAUGGAUAAUGGACCGAGCCUCUGUUUGCAAAUUAUGCAAGUAUGCUUGCCAUAAGAAAUGCUGUCUGAAAACCACAGCCAAGUGCUCAAAAAAGUAUGAUCCAGAGCUGUCCUCUCGACAGUUUGGGGUCGAACUGUCUCGUUUGACCAGUGAAGAACGAACUGUUCCUUUAGUGGUGGAAAAGCUCAUAAACUACAUCGAAAUGCAUGGAUUGUACACAGAAGGCAUUUACCGGAAGUCUGGUUCAACUAAUAAAAUCAAGGAGCUUCGACAAGGUCUAGAUACAGAUGCUGAGAGUGUAAAUCUAGAUGACUAUAACAUACAUGUCAUUGCAAGUGUAUUCAAGCAGUGGCUUCGAGAUUUGCCUAAUCCACUCAUGACCUUUGAACUCUAUGAGGAAUUUCUUCGAGCUAUGGGCCUUCAGGAGAGGAAGGAGACAAUCCAUGGUGUAUACUCUGUGAUUGACCAGCUCUCCCGAACUCAUCUCAAUACACUGGAACGCCUCAUCUUUCAUCUAGUCAGGAUUGCAUUACAGGAAGAUACUAAUCGAAUGUCUGCUAAUGCUUUGGCCAUUGUGUUUGCACCCUGCAUUCUCCGCUGCCCAGACACCAUUGACCCACUACAAAGUGUGCAGGACAUCAGUAAGACAACCACUUGUGUGGAGCUGAUUGUUGUGGAACAAAUGAAUAAAUAUAAGGCUCGUCUAAAAGACAUCAGUAGCCUGGAGUUUGCUGAGAAUAAGGCAAAGACCAGACUGUCACUGAUUCGUAGAUCAAUGGGAAAGGGGCGUAUUCGUCGAGGAAACUAUCCAAGUCCAUCCUCUCCGGUUGUAGUUCGGUUGCCUUCCAUGUCUGAUGUCCCAGAAGAGACCUUGACUAGUGAGGCAGCUGUGGAGACUGACAUUACAGAACAACAACAAACAGCUAUGCAGCAGGAGGAGAGAGUACUGACCGAGCAGAUUGAGAACCUACAGAAAGAGAAGGAGGAGCUAACAUUUGAGAUGCUUGUACUGGAACCCCGUGCCUCUGAUGAUGAAACUCUUGAGUCUGAGGCCUCCAUUGGGACUGCCGAUAGCUCAGAAAAUUUGAAUCUGGAGUCUGAAGGUGCCAUCUCUGAGAAAUCAGGGAGAAGUUUAGCCUUUAGCACUCUGAAGGCAGCUGGCAAGUCUGAACCUUCAAGCAAGUUGAGAAAGCAGCUAAAAAAGCAGCAAGACUCUUUAGAUUCAGUGGACUCUACGGUUUCCUCUUUAUGUCUAUCUAACACUACAUCAUCUCAUGGGACCAGAAAACGAUUUCAGAUUUAUUCCAAAUCUCCUUUCUACCGAGCUGCCUCAGCUGGUGAGGCCCUCGGAAUGGAAGGACCAUUGGGCCAGAAGUCCCUAGAAGACAGACCUCAGUUCAUCAGCAGAGGAACUUUCAACCCUGAAAAGGGCAAACAAAAAUUGAAGAAUGUGAAAAAUACACCUCAGAAAACCAAAGAGAAUCCAGAGGGGACAGUCAUGCCUGGCCGCAGGAAAACUGUGGACCCAGACUGCACUUCCACCCAACAGCUAGCACUCUUUGGAAAUAAUGAGUUUAUGGUCUGAACUAAUAGAUGCGUUUCCCUUCAUGGCUACUGAGUGGUAAACACAUCUCAUCUUUGGGGCUUCUUCGCAUCACCUCCUCCACAGUAGUCCAUCCUAAUUGUGGUCCUGCCUCUUGCCUAAGCAUGUGGCUAAGACCUUGUGCGCUGAUUUCCUGGGCUUCCUGCAGAAGCAGAAAGGCCUCUUUGAAGCCUACUGGGGAUGGUGCCAGCUGUGCCUUGGCUGCUGUAUUUGAGUUGAGAUUUUAUUAAACAAAGCCACCUAGGGCCUGGGGAUUUGGGCCAGUUGUAGUUGCCUCUCUCCACCCUCUUUUCCCUUCCCAAAGGUGGGUGUUGGGGAAGUAGGGGGAUAUUGUGGGUCUGAGGGACCCUCUGCUUUCUGAUAUUUGAGGAAAACAUAAAUCUUUCUUAAAUAUGAAAGCAAAAGCAUUUGGGUUUAUUUUGGGAUAGUUAGGAGCUAGGGUGGAAUAUAAUUUUUUUCCAAGCAUUUAUAAACAAAAACCUAAGCCCUCUAUUUUAAGAUUUUUGAAAAAACAUUCCAUGUUAUAUUCUGGGGAAGGUAAAA